CGGGACACGCGCCCGGUUGCUGGAUUUGAAAUCGGCGUGGGGGCGUCGGGGGUAGGUGGGGAAUCGUGGGGUAGGUCUUGCGACCAUCUCAGCCUCCUCAACGUCUAUUGCUCAUCCCGUCCGCCCGCGCUCACGGGGACCACGCCGGCACUAGUCGACUGCCUAGGCCGCCUUAGGAAUCAUCCAGUCUGCAGCCGACCUGAAUACCAUCUCAUUAUUCUGUCCAUCCAUCUACCCAGUCCUAGUGGGAGCCACCCCGAGAGAAGGCGAGCCGUCCGGCCAGAUGUCCUCGCCAAUCCACAUUAAUUCGGAUGCGCGGGGUUGGACCCACGAGGGCUCCCGGGCGAAGAACGAGGGCAAGGUGCUGGCCUUCCACGAGACGCUUCCAGACUACAACAAGACGCCGCUGCACUCGUUGCCCGAUGUGGCGCGUGAGCUCGGACUUGGUCAUGUUCUAGUCAAGGAUGAGUCAAACCGCUUUGGCCUGCCUGCGUUCAAAAUACUUGGCGCAUCGUGGGCCAUGUACCGCGCUGUUGGCUGGCACCUUGGGAUUCCCGUAGCCGAGGGCCAGAUCUCCAUAGCCGAGCUCGGCGCAAAGGCGCGCAAGGCCGCCGUCGAGAUUGUCACUGCUACCGAGGGUAACUGCGGGCGGGCCAUCGCCCGCAUGGGAAAAUACAUGGGCAUCCCUGUGCGUGUGUGGGUGCCUAGUUUCAUGCCUGAAGCAACGCGCGAGCUGAUUCGUGGCGAGGGAGCCGAAGUUACUGUCAUCGAUGGGAGCUAUGAUGAUUUGAUACCUAUCAUUUCAGAAGAGGCCGAGGACAAGGAUACUAUCCUUAUACUUGAUGUUAGCUUUGAGGGAUUUACUGACGUACCUAAGUAUUUCGUGCAAGGCUACGGCACAAUGCUUGCAGAAGCUGAUAAGCAGAUCCUUCAGGCAACAGGCGAGAAAGCUGCGACUCACGCCGUUGUACCGUGCGGUGCAGGUUCGGUGGCUGAAGCUGUCACGGCACAUUAUAAAGCACCGGGGCGAGAAUCUAGGGCCGCAAUAUUAUCCGUUGAACCAACAGGUGCAGCUUGUCUCCAAGCGUCGCUGAAAGCGGGCCAGUCAGUCACAGUCCAGACCCAGGACACGAUAAUGAAUGGGUUAAAUUGUGGUACGCUAUCAACAACAGCAUGGCCUGUACUCAAAGCAGGUAUCGAUGUCAGUGUAGUCAUAUCCGAUUUAGAAUCGCACGCCGCAGUAAAAGAUCUGACGGCUAACCGGAUCUCGGCCGGGCCCUGUGGUGGUGCAACCCUGGCCGCAUUAAAAAAGGUGUGCUCCGAUGCUGAUACCAAGGGAUACCUGGGCUUGGAUGGCAGUUCAAUUGUUGUUCUCUACUGUACAGAAGGCUCAAGAGAGUACCCUGUCCCGACAUAG